UUUUUUUUUUUUUUUGGUUCUUUUUUUUUUGGAGCUGGGGACCGAACCCAGGGCCUUGCGCUUCCUAGGCAAGCGCUCUACCACUGAGCUAAAUCCCCAGCCCCUCCGCAAGUCUUUUCUUAAUUGUAACUGAAGCAGAAGGGCCUAGCUCACCACACAUACCACCCCUGGCCUGGAGGUCCUGAGUUCUAUAAGAAGGCAGACUGAGCAAGCCAUGGAGAGCAAGCCAGGAAGCAGCAUCCCUCCAUGGCCUGUGCAUCAGCUCCUGCCUCCAGGUUCCUGUGCGAGUUCCUGUCCUGACUUCCAUUGGUGAUGAACAAUGAUGUGGAAGUGUAAGCCCAAUAAACCCUUUCCUCCCCAACUUACUUUUUGGUUAUGAUGCGGUUAGGUUAGAAGACAGAGGCAGGUGGAUCUCAUAGUUCGAGGCUAGCCUGGUCUACAGAGUGAGUUCCAGGACAGCCAGGGAUACACAGAAAAACCCUGUCUUGAGACACCAGAGAAGCCUUUUUUGACACCUACAUUGAAGCUUACAAGUGUAUAUGAUUCUUUUUUUUUAAGUGUCCAAAAAUUUAACACUAGGUCAUCCAAUGUUCUUGCACAUGGUGGACGUGUGUGUGUGUGUGAUGACACUCACACAUAUAAAACAAAACCGCAUAAAUCCCUCUCUAAAAGCCUCAUGUUCUCAGUAUCUUUGUGCUGUACUCAAACGUAGAUAGCAUGGCCUUCUGAAACUGUUCUGCAUGGAAAUCAGGACAGCAUGCUCCUUUGUACCUUAACUCCCUUGUUCCCAACUGUUGCAAAUACAGUGAAUAUUAAUUUGGUCCAAACCCACAGAUAGCAAGGGAGAACACACCAGACUCCGAGUCUGUUCGGACUGCGCACUUCACAGCUGAGACCCGGGGCAGCCUUCUCAGUCUGACAUGGCAGAAAAACCAAUCAACACGUUGGUGCAAACCCCUGGCAGUGAAGAUCCAGAAAAUGAGAACAUCCGUUGCUUAACCACUCUUGGCCAUUUUGGGUUUGAAUGUUUGCCCACUCAGCUGGUGAACAAAUCAAUCCAAAAAGGAUUCUCUUUUAAUAUUCUCUGCGUGGGAGAAACUGGAAUUGGAAAAUCAACUCUGAUCAAUACACUGUUCAAUACGAAUCUGAAAGAGGCCAAAUCUUCCCAUUUCUACUCGAAGGUUGGACUGAAGGUGAAGACAUAUGAACUUCUGGAAAGAAACAUUCCCCUGAAGUUGACUGUUGUGAAGACGGUCGGGUAUGGCGAUCAGAUAAACAAGGAAGCCAGCUACCAGCCAGUCGUUGACUACCUGGAUGCUCAGUUUGAAGCGUACCUCCAGGAGGAGCUGAAGAUCAAGCGCUCCAUGCCGGACUACCACGAUUCUCGCAUCCACGUCUGCCUUUACUUCAUCACCCCUACAGGACACUCCCUCAAGUCCCUGGACUUGAUAACGAUGAAGAGCAUCGACAGACGGGUGAACAUCAUACCGCUGAUUGCCAAAGCGGACUCGCUUUCUAAGAACGACCUGCAGAGGUUCAAGAACAACAUAAUGAGCGAGCUGAGCAGCAAUGGCGUCCACAUCUAUCAGUUCCUGGCGGAUGACGAAGCUACUGCUCAAGUAAACAGCUCGGGGCUGUUACCCUUUGCUGUGGUGGGGAGCAUGGAGGAGGUCAAAGUUGGAAAAAGAAUGGUCAAGGGCCGCCAUUACCCUUGGGGCGUUUUGCAAGUGGAAAAUGAAAACCACUGUGACUUUGUGAAGCUCCGGGAUUUGCUUCUCUGCACCCAUAUGGAAGAUCUGAAAGACCAAACCCACACUCAACAUUAUGAAUGUUACAGGAGCAGCAGGCUGCAGAAGCUGGGUUUCAGUGACAAGGGCCCCAACAACAAGCCAGUGAGUUUUCAAGAGAUGUAUGAAGCCAAGAGACAAGAGUUUCACGAUCAGUGUCAGAGGGAGGAGGAAGAACUCAAGCAGACGUUCAUGCAGCGCGUCAAGGAGAAGGAGCUGACCUUUAAGGAUGCGGAAAAGGAGCUGCAGGACAAGUUCGAGCACCUGAAGAGAAUCCAGCAAGAGGAGAUCCUGAAGUUGGAAGAAGAGAGGAGAAAACUGGAAGAGCAAAUCAUAGAUUUUUAUAAGAUGAAGGCUGCUUCCGAGUCAGCACAGGCUCAGCCAUGUUUCCAGAGAUCUCCCCGAGAGGCUGGGGCCAAGGAAUCCUGUCCGACCGGGUCGGGUCGCGGGGAACGCGUGCUGGCUGCUUCCUGUGUCCGUACGAGUGGAGCUGUUGUAAAAAGGCAGCCGAAGAUCACGCCGCUGGCAGCAAACCCGAUCCAGUUCCACGCGCCUCCGAGCGCGCUCCCAUUGCGCGUGCGCGCCCCCGCGUGACCCUCCCCUUCCCUCCCCUCCCUGGCGUAUCAGCUUCUCUCACUCACUCCUUCAGCCCCUGCCCUCCUACAGCUCCUCCUCCUCCCCUUGCCACUUCCGCCGCCGGUCGCUUGCCACCCCGUUCUCUUGGCCUUCGUCCUUCCUUCCCUGCACCACCUCCCCCAGCUUCCCCACUCUCGUCAGCCCAGGCAUAAGUGGCAGCCUUUCUCGCUGGCUCUCUGGCUCACGCCCUCCCUCGCUAGCUCUCUCGGCCCCAAUACUUACCUCUUGAAGAAGCCAAUCUGGAUACCAAGAUUUUAGUGAAAUUAUUGUUACACCUGCUCCUGUGUCUACUAAACCUCAGAUUUCAGUAUCAUUAAUUUGGAUUUUUAGCAUCGGUUUUUGAUCAUUUAUAGCAAUUUGCCAAAAUACUUGUUUUCUGGUCUGUCCUUAAUUUUUUGUUUUAUCUACUGAAGUUGUUCUGUCCACGAUUACAUUCAGAGCAGUGUUUUUAAACAACAGGCAUUAAAUCUUUUAAUUGCUCUGUGGACGAGUUUCUCUUGUGCUAAUGGAAUGAAUGAAUGAAAUUUGAUAUUGGAGUCUGUGGAAGCCCCCUAAGGCGUUUCCCAAUAGCAAAUGGUUAUCUUGUCUGUCCCUUCUUAAUAAGCAUUAAUUAGUCCAUUGCUGGCCUUUGCCACAGAUUCUGUAUACUUCAGAAGGCUGGGACCUUCUUUUCACAUUAUCACUAGAAAAAACAUUGUUUCUAGGAAUGCCAUACCUACAAUCCCUUUUCUUUUUUUUUUUUUUUUUUGGUUCUUUUUUUCGGAGCUGGGGAUCGAACCCAGGGCCUUGCGCUUCCUAGGUAAGCGCUCUACCACUGAGCUAAAUCCCCAGCCCCUACAAUCCCUUUUCAAAUGACCUUGCUUACCACAAGUAAAACAUCUAACAUUCUAGUUUUUCCUUAACGUUUAGAAAUUACUUCUAUCAGAGUAGCAUAAUAAAUGUGAGAUUCAAUAUCAGCCAUAUUUUUAAUCCAUUCAUCUAUUGGUGCUGAUCUUGUCUUUAAAGGCCUAAUCACCCUUUUGUAUUCUGAAUUAGCAUUUUCAAAAGCCAAAGAUUUGAUUAUUAUUUGUCUGCCUUCUGAACUGAUACUAUUAUAUUUACAACUGAAAUCAAUCUUUGCAAUAAAUCAAUGAAGGUUCUUUUGGGGCCUUGUAUAAUUUUAGUAAAGGACUCAGACUUUUCUGAUUCUUCAACCUUAUCCCAAGCAUUUAAAGCUGUUAAAUGACACAGAAAUAAGAGAUAAUCUUCAAAUUCAAGCUGCCCUUGUAACUCAGCAUAUUAACCCUUACCUAGCAACUGAUCUUGAGAAAUAUUAAUACCCCCAGCCUUAUAUCAUUCUCUGGCCCUAGCUUCCCCUUUUCAUCAUGUUCACCUUUGUAACUAGGGACCAGCUUCCAAUAUCGCUGUUGCCAAAUCUUUCCAGUCUUGGGGAAUAAGUCUGUUCUGAGUUGCCCAUGAUUUUAAUAUCUGGUUCACUAAAGGUGAAUGCAUACCAUAUGAGAUGACAGCUUCCUUAAGUCUCCUCAAAUCCAAUACAUCUAUAGGAUUCCAUUUAACUUCUCUAUAUCCUUGGUAUUGCCUAUUGCCUGUUAGUAGUUCUUGUAUAGUAACUGGAUAAACUAAGGUUUCUUUUCUCAUAAUCUUGGCCUGCCCUCCUUUAGUUUCAUCAUGCAGCGGUGUGGUAGGUUCUUAUCUAAAUUCUUCUGUCUGUGUCUGAGUAUUUUUCUUAUUUUCAUCUAUAAUUCUUUCUAAGGCUUGUAUCAAUCCACUUUUAAUAUGUGGCACAAUUAUCAAGUCAUUUUUCAUAUUUGCAUUAUGAAUAUGACAUUUCUGUAUUCAUAACAAAUAAAACAAUCUUGGGAUUUAGUGUGAUCAAAUACUAUGGAACAAAUUGGCAUAAUGUAUAUGGCAUUAAGGAUAAAAUAUGAAUUACCAGACUGAUAACUAAUUAUAGUCAAUAUUAUAUCAAUCUCAGUUAUGUCAUUUAUCUUUUCAUUUUCUGCUUCUAUUUUCAAGCCAUCUAAAAUAGCACUAUACAAGGCCCUAACACCCUGUAUUAUGAUAUUUGCCAUUCUUAACAUGGGAACGAUUUUUCCUUUUAAUAUUACUUAACUCUCUUCCUUGAGGGCUCCUCUGGUGUCUUCCCAAAUCUGAUGGUUUCUUGGUUUGUCCUUAGCUGUUGUGAUUUCUGUCUGUUUCUUUGUUCCUGUGGUCCUGCCCCAUGUUGGGCAACAACUGUUUUGUCUUUUUUUUUUUAACAAAAUUUUAAUUGUUCAAUUUUAUCAAUGAAGACUCAUGAGCCAGAUGCUGGGGUGAAAGCCUGCUAGCUCAGAGGGGCAGAGAAAGCACCCAGCUGACCUUCCUCCUCAGCCAACAUCCCACCAUGAAUGCCCAUCUCUUACACUGUUUUAAACAACUGCCUUCAAACUGAAUGUCCCUCCCUUCUACUUCCCUGUGCAUCUCUCUCUGUCCUUCUGCCUCUCUCUUACUCUGUUUCUUUUUCUUAAUAAUUCCUGUCAACUGGUUGCUUGCUCUACCUCUUGACCUGUGGUUGACUUUAUUUAAUCCUGUUUAUAAUAUUCAAGCAGCGAGCUCUUAGAUUAAAGGUGUGUGCUAAAGCUGAGCUACACCACAACUAAAAAAUGGGUUUUCCAGUAAAUGACACAAUCUCAGGAUUCACAGUGUGAUCAAAUAUCCUGGAACAAUGAUACCAUGUGUAUCUUGCCAGAUGAUUCAACAUAGACUAAUACUCAGUAAUACCUAGUAAAUAUUUUAUUAAUCAAAAUAGCCAAGGACAUAUAGCAUAGCAUAAACAGAUAUGGUCAGAAGGAGAGAACUCCAUUUUAAGCAAAGAGUAAUGAGAAAGAGAAAUCCACAAUGAGCCUCAUAUGUGUUGGUAAAUCACCUUAAGAUGGGAAGAUUCUUUGUUCUGAUCAUUUAUGUAUCCAUCCCUAGGCUUAGGACAAUUCUUGACAUACAGUGAAUAUUGUCAGCUGAAUAAAUAUCUCCAGAGGCAGUGUAUUACCUGUAUUUUAUGCAUGGAUAAUUUAAUUCAGAUAAUUGACUUUUAAAUAUUCUAUAGUGUUAACUGCUUUUAAUCAUGGCUGUGAGUUUCAUUGCUUGAAUGCUUUUAUAUUGCUAUUCUUUAAUUUUAAUGAAUUGUUUGUAAAAUUGGUACUGACAAUGUUAGAUAGAUAAUAAAAUCAAUAAAAUUCAU